UGUAAAGGUUCCAUUGUGUGUUAUUGUAUGUGCACUACUGUAAAAGUUCCAUUGACAGGUGGACAAGUAGGACACCAGUGUGGCCAUUGACACCCAACUGUAGUCUUCUUAGACUCUGUCAACUAUAUGUUGUUUUUGUGCAGAAUAAACCAUAGUGGUUGUGUGUGUGUGUUCUUUGGUCUGUGAAGAUCUUAGGCUUACAUGGUCCAGGGAAUUGUAAAGGAAGUCUACUCUAUGAUACCUUUUACAAUGAAUGGCUUUGAAGAUGUCAGAACACAAGCUGAAGCACAUACCUAUGUCCUUGGUACACGCCAGCCCUGCACAAAACUGAAGUCAGAAUACCAUUAGUUGGGCUUGGAGACGUGGCUUUAACUGAACUCUCCCAUCAACUGUCUGCAGAAGGACCAGGGAGAACGUGGAGCGCUCUGGAGACUGCAUGGGCUGCAGACAACUGCAAAAGCCCUGCCUCCAGAAAUGCCUACAAAAGCCCUGCCUCCUGACAGGCUUGCUGCCCUAAAAGGAGAAGGAUGGAAAAACAUAUGGGGUGAUGUGGAAAGACACCUAAGAAUAAUUUGAUGACAUUGUGUGACUUUCUGCAUCUAAUGACGUGCCAGCUACUGAGAACAGUACUGCAAAAUAAUAGGUUAACUAAUAUUUGUAAGUUAAGAAAAAUAUCAGUAGGCUUGUUCUAUGAAAGACCCAUCCUGCUGCUCCCGUGUAUAUAAAGGACGUCGUUGUCUUGCUAGUCUUGGGCUACAUGUGCCAUCCUAAGAAUCCACACACAGGUGCAGUAAUGUGCAGUUACCAUCUGAGGUGUUCCUGCUGAAGCGGUAAGCAUGGGUAAACAUUAGAGCAAAUGUUGCUCUUCCUUCUAAUUCUAAAUUAUUUUAGAACAUGUGUUGUGGCCAUCUUGACUGACGCAGCAGCAUAAAAGGUAGACAGACAACAAGUUCAUGGAGAUUUAAAGAUAAAGAAACUGCACUCACAUAAUACUCAUAUACAUAAAAUGGAUGAGAAAAUAAUGAAGGAUACAGAAGUAUGAGCACAGAUGAGGGCAAUUAAAUGAAUUGUGCCCAGCUACCACCCACUGCCUCUGCAUUGUCACCCCACGGCCAGAUGGGGGCGCAGUGGUCGCAACAUGUGACCGCCUAUCCCAGUUCAGCAACAAUUUAGUUUACCAGCAUCCAUCCCCUCCACCUGGUCAGGGAACUGCUGGGGUUUCAAACCUGCACAAUCAAAAUUGUACAUUACUGAAAUGACGCAAUUUAAUCAAUGAAUGUGUGCCUGAUCAACAGUCCGUAGCACAUAGCCUACAUAUUCUGUAUGCAGUCCAUAGCCUAACAUAAUAACCUUUUAUAUCCCACAGCCACAAUACGCAUUUGACACUUGCUAUAACUGCAUCCAUUCUAUCUAACACAGUGGGUUGUCCAAGUAGCAGCAUAUAUCAGUUCCAACCAGUAUCCAGAGAGGUAACAUCUUGCCUAUUUGAGAUGCGGAGCGUCCACCAUUCGCCUCAGGAACUGCAGGAGAUGUUUAGACGAUGUAAACUGCAUCAGUGCGUUCUUUCAUGAGAAGGAAACGCACGUACUUUGAUAAGCUUACAAGGCAAUUGUCUUUUUGACCCCUUUUUUGUUGGUUCGUUUCAUUCAUCUAAGAGAGCCGCUCUGCGGAUACAGACGUGAACAGUUCUACAGCGUCCAAGUCAUCAGCUGGAUGACAGAGCACUGCCACUGAGAGGAGUUGAUGAUGGUCUUCGGAUACAGCUCGUAAACGGAAUCGAUGGGCAGUUGGAGCAUUUUGGAGCCAUGGAACCGUUACCAUAACACCGCAGUUUGGGAUUCGCAGCAAUUUGUCCAAGGUUUUAAGAAAACAAAAGCAGUAGCCUAUUGACGGAAAAUUGAUGAAAAAAAGAGGAGGACAGUUUAGAGUCGUUUGGAAACUUCAGGGCGAAGACACAUAUCUCUUCAGAGGCAGCUAUUUUUCACUUGACUCAUUAAUCAACCACAGGCGGUUUAGAUUUGGGCAUUGCUGCUAACAAGAGCCGUGGAACACAGAUGAUGCACGUUUUAGGAAACGCGGUAAAAUAGCAUUUAGAGCAAAAUACGCUUUCUAAUAGCCUUCAUGCUGAACAUAUGCCCGUGGAUUCCAGUUGUUCAGAAUAACUAAACUGGAUUUUUUCCCCCAUCGGAAUACCAGUUGAGGGGAGGCAAUGCUGGGAGCCCCGUGAUUUUUUUCUCACCACUGGGGAAAAAAGAAUUCGACGGUGCUGAUUGAACUUGGGCGAAUAUGCUGCUCUUUGUUGCUCGGGAUUUUUAAAUUCUUAAAUAUUUUGAAUAUUUUUGUAGUUGUGUUUUUAUUUGUAUAGCCUACCUGUCCAUCACCCUACACGCUAUAGCCUACCCCUCAAAACACCUAAUCAUACAUGGAUUAGGGUACACCGCGUCGAUUGUCGAAGCUCCUGUGGAUUUUUUAUUUUAUUUUUCAGCUCCCGCACGUUUCAGCGUUUUAUAAAUGCACUGUCUAAUUCCAGAGAUUUGGAGAGAGAGGAACAGCAGCUGAUAAAUUAUGAAUGUUGAACAAGAUGACCUCUUACCAUUGGAACCAGAUGAUGAGAGGUUCUAGAUGGAAAGGAGCCUUGUCUGACCCCCUCUUCGUGCUGCUGUUGCUGCUCCAGUUGUUGGUGGUGGCCGGGUUGGUCAGAGCCCAGACCUGCCCUUCGGUGUGCUCCUGCAGCAACCAGUUCAGCAAGGUCAUCUGCACACGCCGAGGAUUGCGAGACGUGCCUGAUGGCGUAUCCACAAACACUCGUUACCUGAACCUCCAGGACAAUCUCAUCCAGGUCAUCAAAGUGGACAGUUUCAAGCACUUGCGCCACCUCGAGGUCCUGCAGCUCAGCAAGAACCACAUCCGAAGCAUAGAGAUAGGGGCUUUCAAUGGACUCGCCAGUCUCAACACACUGGAGCUUUUCGACAAUCGCCUUACUACUAUUCCCAAUGCAGCCUUUGAGUAUCUGUCCAAGCUGAAGGAGCUGUGGCUGAGAAACAACCCCAUCGAGAGCAUCCAUGCUUAUGCCUUCAAUCGACUCCCCUCCCUGCAGAGGCUGGACCUGGGCGAGCUCAAGCGGCUCUCCUACGUCUCUCAGGCGGCUUUUAAAGGCUUGAGCAAUCUGCGCUAUCUUAACCUGGGCAUGUGUAACCUGAAGGAGAUCCCCAACACCGUGCCCUUGGAGCGGCUGGAGGAGCUGGAGCUGUCGGGGAACCAGCUCUCGGUGCUCCAGCCAGGCUCCUUCCGGGGGCUCGCCAACCUGAAGAGGCUGUGGAUGAUGCACGCUCAGAUUCAGACCAUCGAGAGAAACUCCUUCGAUGACCUGCAGUCGCUGAUCGAGCUCAACCUGGCCCACAAUAACCUCACCCUCCUCCCACACGAGCUCUUCAACCCCCUGCAGCGCUUAGAGCGGGUGCAUUUACACCACAAUCCUUGGAAUUGCAACUGCGACAUACUUUGGCUUAGCUGGUGGCUAAAGGAGGUGGCGCCGGCUAAUGUUAGCUGCUGUGCCCGCUGCUACUCACCAGUCAACUACAGAGGACGAUACAUCGGAGACCUUGACCAGAGCUAUUUUCAAUGUCAUGCUCCUAUCAUAGCAGAGCCACCCUCAGACCUUAAUGUGACAGAGGGGAUGCCUGCAGAACUUAGAUGCGGAACAAAUACAUGGACCGCAAUCACCUGGCAGACACCAAACGGUUCGAUAAUAAAUGUUGGGGCCGUCCCCUCAAGAAUCUCCAUUCUCAAUGACGGGACACUGGUCUUUUCCAAUGUUUCACUGUGGGACAUAGGGAGGUAUACAUGCCUAGUUGUCAAUAUGGCAGGCAACACGUCUGCCUCUGCUUUUCUAAAUGUGACGUCCAUAGAGAACAGUGGCGUCACCUACUUCACCACGGUCACUGUUGAAACUAUCGAGUCACCAAAUGAUGAGGGCAGGACCCCAGUGCAGCCAGCCAAUAGCUGGGCGUCAUCCUCCACAACCAGGGGAACUCCAGUGGCGACAGAGAGAGCCUACACAAUCCCUGUUACGGACAUCGACGCUGAGAGUGUGGAUGGCUUGGAUGAGGUAAUGAAGACUACCAAGAUUAUUAUUGGCUGCUUUGUAGCGAUCACUCUCAUGGCUGCUGUCAUGCUCAUCAUCUUCUAUAAGAUGCGGAAGCAGCAUCACCUGCAGGAUCCCGACGGCCCCACCCAGACCAUAGAGAUCAUAAACGUGGACGAUGAGCUAACGGGGAUUCCCUCCUUAGAGAACCAUCUGACACUGCCCCCUCUAGGGCAUGACCACUACAAUCAUUACAAUACCUAUAAGACUCCUUAUCACCAUGGCCAUACAAUCAGUUCCUUGCAUACUUCUGCGCAUGAACCUUUACUAAUCCAAGCCAGCUCAAAAGACAAUGUCCAGGAGACACAAAUCUAGUCUGUCUGAGUUGCAAAUAAGGGGUGGUGUUGGACUGUGUGUGUUUGGAAGAGGUAGUGGAAUCAAAUGAAAACAAUUACAUUUGUAGAAAAUUGGUGGUUUCAUUUAGAUGUCAAGGUGUGGUCCAUCUUUAAUGGAUUACAUGAAUGUCAUUUCAGAGGCGAGAUUAGGAUCAUAAAAUGUAGGAAUAAUCCAAACGAUGGACAGAAUCCUUCUGUGUGAAACAACAGGUGGACUUGUGAUUUGGUGAUACGGAGUGAUAACAUUUAUCAAUGUCAUUGAGAGGAUGUAUGUACUCUUUAAACAAGUGUCUUUACAAAACGAAAGUUAUUUAUUUAAAAUAUAUGUAGUGACUGAAUCAAGAAAGAAAAAAAAAAACAUUUUUCCUUCAGCACUUUCUUCUUUUCGUUUCUAUGGGGAAAGAAUGGUUUACCUUAUAUGUCUGCACAUCAGUGUUAAACAAUGUCACUUUUUAGAAAUCAAAAAUCAUUACAUCUGAAAACAUGCUUUUCCAAAUUUUCGAGACACUGACGCACGCUGCUAUUUUUAAUAGAAAAAAAUGCUGCAUCUGUGAAAAAAAAUGCUACAAACCUAAUAGCAUAAAUCAUAAUAACAUAACCAGGUUAUCACAAUACCUCACAAUUCUAGAUAUUUUUUACCUUUUAGAAUUUAAGUUGUUCACAGUUUUUCAUACAGUACAUAUACUGUAGUGUUAUCUCAGAUGAGUCAUGUUCGUGCACAGCUGAUGGCUGAACAUGAAGAACUACCCUCGUCUUCAGGCCAGCUAUACCAUGACUGUGGGUGAUAUAAGGAAAAGACAUCACUACCUACUCAGUCAGUCUAAAUCCCAGCCACUGUAUAUGCCAUAGGUAGUUGAAAUUGAGUGCAGAUUGAAGAUGACACAUGGGCAUUCAGAUGGUAAAACACAUAUAAUUACAUAUCAGUGUACCGUUUUUUGUUGCAGGCAACCAAUCACUUAGUUUUCAUGCACUCCAGAUAUUCCAGCUACGUACCCUUGGAUGUGUAUUUAAUUUGUUUUUACAAAGCCCAUCUACUCCAUUAUGGGAUAAAAGCCAGGCCUUCAAAUUUAAAUUCAUCCCCCUCUGUCAAAAUGAGUGGAUGCUAAGGGAUGGUCAAGAAUUCAAAUAAAUGGCAAAUUGUACAUUUAUAAGAGAGCAAUACCAAACCAAACACCCAUAGAAACAGGGCACGUAACCCUGCGUCUAUGUCCAAUGCGGUCUGAUGUAAAGUUGAGACGGGGUGAUAAAAGUCCAAUGGUGGAUUGCCUUAAAUAGCAAGACUGUGUUGGCAAUGACUUUCGGGUGAACGGGAUAAACAGUCAAAGCUUUUUAUCCAAUCUAAUUUUGUGUAGUUCUGUGUAGAAAUGCAGCACUGAACGUUUGCACUGCAUUGUAAAAAAACAAAACAAACAAACAAAAUGAUUCCAAAGCCUCGGUCCUUUAAACGUGUCCUCAGCCGACAGUCACUCCAAAGCCUCGGCCCUUUAAACGUGUCCUCAGCCGACAGUCACUACAAAUUGUCCCUUUGCCCCAUUUGAGUACUUCAAUAAUUCAUAUUUAACGCUUUUGCCCAGAGGGACAGUGUGGAGGCUGCUCUGUAAAAAUGUCUCCACUUUGGUGAGGGAGAAUAUGAAUACAUAUGAAUAUGACAUAUAUGAAUGUCCAAUAUGAAUUUCAAAAAGCCUUGCUCACACGAACGUAGGAAUUUUCAAAAACACUUGCUCCUUUUUUUUGGAAGGCCUACAUACAAUUGCACAGUGCACACUGAUGGCUUGAAAAGGCCCAAAAGCAAUAAUGUAAGAACUCUGUUAAUUUGAGUGGAACAUGUUUUAAAUUUAAAACUGACAUGUUCUCCAUUAAAAUCAGUUCCUUUUGAAAUUAUUCAUUUAUUUUAAACAGCAGCAUAAUUUUAAACAUCUGUAAAUGGUGCCCUAUAGAACAAAACUGGUGCUGAGUGCUCUGUAAAUGUAGUGGUUGAGGUGGCUUUUGAGGUGGUCGUGGAGGGAGGUGAAUAAUGUAGGACUCCUUUAAGUUCUCUCUGAAUCACAUGCAGUUGAUGAGGUCAAGGGGGACCCAUUUAUACACCAAAUUGUCAGAGGUCCCUUUCAAGCCAGAGGAAUAACAGUGUGAAAUAACGUCUGAUGUUAAAGAUAAAAAUGUUAAGGUAACCAUGGAAACUAAACCUAUCGUGGUUGGCAGACCUGUUCUAAAAACAGUUCACUGAAGAGAAAAUUGAAGAACAAUCAUCAAAUAAAUAAAUAUUUAGAGAAAACAACAUUAUGUGACAUAUUUGUAUGGCCUUUUUAAAACAAUUAUUAUGCAUCAGAAACCUAUUUUUACAUUCUAAUUGAGCACCAUUAAUACUUUAAAAAUAUGAAUUUUAAAAUGACAUUGGGCCAUGAUACUUAGUUGUGUAUAUUAUUUAUAAUCUUGUAUAAUUUUAGUUUUUUACCUGAUUUCAGCUUUCAUGUUGUGUUGCUAACCACUUCCUCACUGUCCUCGCCCCAUGAGUUGUCAUGUUAACCACCGUGAGUUUUCAGUGUUAACCUGAUCUGGUAGAAUGUCUUUGUCCUCCUAUACAUCAGACAGAAGAUGAUUACAUCGUUUUAUAAUUCGUCCUGUGACCAAGCAUUAUCAUUCCAGACAAACAAACAUCAUGCCAGCAUUAAGAGUUGUGUCAAAAAAGUCUAUUUCUCCAACACUUGACCAAGUGGUCUGUAGCUCAAAUGUAAACCAUUGUUUCCCUUAUUCUCUUUUUGAUUUUAUUUUAUUUGUAAAAAAUAGGGUAUGGGAAGAAAAAAUAGAAAACUAUUGUUUCCUUUGGUAGUGUAAAAUACAGUAGGGUUGGGUGGGUGUGGGUGUGGUUGUUUCCAUUUUUUUUUACUUAAAAUAUGUUGAAUGAUUUGAUACUGGAAUCCUUGUCUUGUGUGUUGUUCUGAGGUACAUGAUCCAGGAACACCUCAGCCUGUCCUUCUCAACCUUGAUAAUUCAUGGCUGUCUAUCCAAAAAAAAAAAAAAUGAACACUAGACUGCAACAUUUAUAGGAUGAAUUGAAAGUGGGGAAAUUCAAGGCUGACUGACUAAACUGGCUUUUUAAGACAAUGUACUUAACUUGACAGCUCAUAAAAUAAUAUUGCUAUAUCCAUGUGCUUUACUGUCACCCUAUGAAUAAUUGAGUCACCAGAGUGUUAAAAAGCUCAACCAUGCCUUCUCAAGGCAGGAGCUAUUGGGGGAACAAUGUCCAUUCCGUUAGGCUGCACAUGCACCUCUGUUUCCAUCUGGUAAUUACUCCAGUGCCGAGUGCUUGUUCCGCUGCAACUAGAAGCAUUGCUCCGAAUGCCCACAGUUGCAGCGGUUAUGUGGCAUUACACUGACGUAGUUCUUUGCAAUCACAUGCGUGUAUACAUGCUAUCUAAUGACGAGUGUAAUUCAUCAUUGCAUCCUCUUUCUCAUUUCUUCUUCUUUUGAUCUGAAGGACAAGAGAUUUCUUUAGUGGUGGACAUUUAUGGAGUCCUUUGCCCACACCAAAUCUUUGUCAGUUUUGAUGUCUCAUGUGUAAGACCGUUGAAUAACAAUAAGGUCACUGCUGUGAAAUUGUUUCCUUACAUUUCCAAAAAAAAAAAUCAUUUAUUAAUUCAAGAGAUUGUACUGAACUUCAUACCCAAAUAAAAAAUGAAUAAAAAAAAUGUGUUUUUUA